UCGCUUCGGUGUCAAUUCAAACGUUUAACGAGCGCAGAGCAGCACGCGACUGAUAAGAGAGAGCCCAAAAACCAAAAACUGUAAACCAAAAACCAGUAAACCCAUUAUCAGUCAGAGAACAAUCACAAUAGUAACAACAAUAAAUAAGAUGCACGCCUGUAAAUUGCUGUUGACUUUGCUGCUGGCGAUGCACUGCAGCCAGGGCCUGCUUGCGGCUUGCGUCUGCUCGGAGAAGGGCACCGAUUACUGCCAGAGUUGCCAGGGUCCAACGAUAGUGCGUCCGAAGCCGCGCUAUUACGAGCCCAGCGAGGUGAAUCUAUCGCCAAUUGGCGACAAUUGCUGGUGCAGCAAGCAGCUCAUCGAACCCGCCCAGCUGCCCAAGACCUGCGGUAAAGUACGUGAGCUCUUUCAAUAUGUGCACGCGUUUAACAAUCUGUUGAGUCGCCGCAUGCUCGAGGGCGCCAUCGAAGCCAAGACAUUGGCGGCACAACGUCUGGCCGAGCGGCUGCAGCGCAUGGAGCAUGUGAACUGUCACAAGAGGCGUGGCACGCCAUGCAAACCCACCUGCGACUGUCAACAACACAACGGCGAUAGCAGCUGCAGCGGCUCCAGCACUAGCUCCAUCUCCAGCUAUGAUAACAUUGCAUACGCCGCCGAGAAGUCACAGGAUGAUAGCUCCCCGGCUGAUCCCAUAAGCGUCAGUCUGGCGGCUCAGGCUGGCAAGGCUAUCAAUGUGCCCGAGGCGAAGUUGGCGUAUGGGUUCGCCCAAAAGCCUGUUGAUGGACAGCAAAAAGUGUUCUUUUCCAAUGUGCCCGAGGAAAAUCUCUUCAAGCUAAAGAGCGAGGUCAUCACACUGAAGAAACGCAACUAUGCAGCCAAGGAGGAGGAAGAGGAAUAUGUUGAGGAAGAUGAGCAGGAAACCAGCAAUGAUGAUGAUGAUGAGGUGCCGCAAUUGACAUACAAGCAGUUGGGCUACAUUACCGAGCAGUACAAAAAUCCCAAAUUCAAGAAGGUCACCAGAAAAUCAUCAUAUGGCUCGAACUACAGCAGCGACAGCUACGCCAAGGUCGGCGACAAGGUGUCCGUCGAUUGUGGCUUCAAGCCCGGACGUGUCACCUCGUACCGAAAUGCACGUCGCCAGGAGCUCAUGAGCGAUACCUAUUAGUUAGCUUACUGCUAAUGAUCUAAUGUAAAUAUGGAUGUACGUAUGUGUGUACGAGUAUGAAUUAAUUAAGGUUUAAAAUAAACAAAAACAACUGUUUUGCAAUUAAA